CAGCGUGAGUGAGUUGCUCCUCGUCCUCCCCUCGCUGUUGCACCGCUCUGCCUCUUUUCACACGAGCCAUCUUCGCGGGAGGAUCGGCCGGGAUCGCCUCGCCGCUGAUGCUCCACUUCUGACCGACUUCCCGGCUGCUCCGCACAGCCCGAGCCCGGCCGAGCAGCAGCAGCCCUGCACGGCUCUCUGCCCCCGCUGCUAUUUCAAAAGAUAAAUCGACAGCAGCAGUCUCCGACACUGCGGGAGGCGACAGACCCAGAUCCAGAUCGAGCCUCUGCUACAGCCGCGGAUGCAGCCCGAAGAAGGAGAGAUUUGCCAUGCCAGAUCUGCACGGAGGAGGAAAUCUUGAUAAGUACGAGUCGUUUCGUUUUCUUUUCCUUUUUUUCCUGCUCCUUCAAACUCGAGUCUGCUUGGUGUGGCAGUAGCGGUGACUUUGCCCUCUCACAGCCUCUCCCUGAGCCCCCCUCCUGAUGCCUGACUGUAUACAAACACCCGUGCUGAGCGAAUAAGACUUUUAUCGCCGAGCGCGGCUCAUCAGCGACAAUAAAAAGAGACUUUACUGGUCACCGACAGCGCUUCUUCUUGGCGGAGGAAACGGGGUGGAAAAAAAAAAAAAAAAAACAACCCCUCAGUACUUGCUGUAAAUCAAGCCAGGAAGAUCGAGCCCAAGUGCAAGACGAAUGGUUUGGGCAUGGUGCCUACGCCCCAGGUGUGCGUAUCAACCCUGGUCACGGUGAGCACGAUGGCAGUGGUGGACCUCUACUUGCUGGAGCAGAGCAUGCUGGGAGCUCGGGGUCUUUCAGGACCUAGCGUGUGGCAAUAUGUGGCAGUGUUGCUGGGCGAUUUGGGCUUCCUGCUCGCGCUGCGCUUCGUCUCAGCUGGCGUGGUGUCUGAGGCGCGGUCGCCACGGCGUGGAUUUGCCAACGCCCUCUGGUUCCUGUUCCUGUCCCUGCUCCAGCUCAAGCUCUUCUUCGUCUGCCACAACUACAGGCAGGAGCGUCGGCCACCGGAUCCUCUGGCCAGAAAGACCCUGACGCUGCUGCUGUCCAUCUGUCUACCCUCCCUGUUUCUCAUCCUGACAGGAGCUGACCACAUGACCCCGCAGCGGAGGAAGCAGGAGGUGCGGGGCCGGCUCCUCUGGGUGGUGGUUGACUUGCUGGAUGUGUUGGACCUGCAGGCGGGGCUGUGGGAAGCCCAAGGAGGGUUUGCAGCCGGUACUGGAGGGAUUGUAGAGCAGAGGCUGCCCAUUUGGGCUGAGGGUCUGGUUUUCUUUUACUGCUAUGCCCUCCUGCUGCUGCUGCCGUGUGUGGCACUCACAGAGCUGGGAGCCACUGGUCUGCCAGGACAGAGAGGACCCCGCAAGGAGGCUUUGUACCCUUGGCUUAGCUUGGUCACUAUCAAUAUUUUCACUUUAGCCCUGAGGGGUGCAGGGAUGCUGUGGUAUAGGGACCCCCGCGUGUCCACUGUGUUUCUGGGCAAGAACCUGCUGGCUCUGGCUGUGAAGCUGAACUCAGCCUGGGAGAGACAUAAACAGGAGCGCGGUGCUGCAGGAGGCGGGACUGUGGCAGGAGCAGAACCGGGAGACUCGACCUUGCCAAACCCGGGUACAGAGCAGGGAGAGGGUCAGGCCCAGGGGAAAGCUCCACCCUCUAAUUAUCACACACUGUCUCAUUCUCAAAGCCACUCGCUCUCCCACGUCAGCCUGGAGCCCACAGCGACGCCUUUAGGACCCUCUUUCAUCUCCCAUGAACUUUAGAGAAUCACUCCGAACGUGCACGCGUGCACACAGGCGUGCACCACAACUACAGUGAAAAUUCACGCUGGUAUCACAUCCAAACAGAUAACUGUACUGAAUUUCAGUACAACAGCGGAGGUUAUAAUGCAGAACUGUGGAAUUGCAUUCGGCAAGCUUGGCUUUGUGCACAUCUUGCUGUGCUCAGAAUAACUCUAAAAGCAGUGCUGUGAUUUGUGGAUGUGUAUUUUUAAAAGUCAACACUGUGAACCCGUCUGUCCGAUUGUAAAGACUUUUUCAGAAAUGUGUGCUGAAGUCUGCUAUUGUCCAUCGUGGUUUAAUCUUGAUUUAACUGUCAUCACGUUUGUGGAAUUGCAUUGUCAGAUUUGUUUUUUUCCCCCCUUUUUUAAAGAAUUCUGCUUUCCUGAUAAAUAUCUGCUAUCACUGAUUCAUUGCAGCCGUUUAGGGGCGAGAAACAGAAAUCUGUUGCUCAGAUUCAUGAGGUUUCAGGAGAAAAAAAAAAAAUCAGACUCGACUCUCUUCUGCCAAAAGACCAUUAGAUGCCAAAACACAGCUUCUGACCUUUCAGCGUACAUUUUCUCACUUCACAGGGUACUUUUACAGAGAAAACUUUAAUACACAGAAGUGGUGAUUCAUUUUUUUCCCUUCAAUACCACAGAGCCAACAUUCAAAAGCCAUCUACCACUAAGAACUCUUCACUGUGCUUCAGUAUGUCAAUGCACAGUCUAACCUGAUGACCCUUUAAAUCAAAGUCUAAUCACGAUUGCAGGUGAUUCUACUUUAAGAUUUCCUUUUUUUUUUACAUGCCCGAAGAGGUACAAUUAUACAGUUUUUCACAAUAUUGUAAUAGGAUGAGGAUCUCAGAUUUUUUCCCCCUCUUGUAUUCUAUAAUAGAUUUAAUUUUCCCAUGACUUCCCAGAUCUAUUCUGCAGGGUCCCUGCACCAAGGUUGUUCUCUCAUUGAUAUUAUGUACUAGUUUGUCUUGUCUGGAAGAAAAUGUUAAUGAGAGGAAUCAGUCACUUUGUCAUUUAGUUGGAGUGAAAACCUGCAGACUCACGGGCAUCACCGUAGAACAUCUCUAAACUUUGUUUACAAUUUUUAUGGCAUGUUUUGUCUAACUUAAACGCACAUCAGUUAGGUAGACUUCACUUCAACAUCUGGCAAAUAUACAAAUGUGUCACCGUUUCCUGUUUAAAUCAUCCAGCAGCAAUUUUAACAAACAACAAAAUGUACGCAAGUCAAGUCGCCAGCUACAAAAGACGCUGUUUGCAGUUAUGCAAUCUUUCAUUGGCUGGGCUUAAAGGUGGGCGUCGAGCAUUUUGCGUCAUCUUUGUGUACAGUACAGCUCUUUUUUUUACUAAAUUGUUUACCAAGACUGAAUACCAAUGUAAGUAAUCCCUUUAGAGGUUCGAAAUGCAUUUAAAACUCGUGUUUUUUGUGAUCUCUUCUUGUCCUGAAGUGUCAUUCGUUCCAGCCAUGUAUCCAACCGUCAAAUGUCUUUUUU